UUAGCACCCCUGGGGCCUCAGCUCCCCCACGGCUCUGCACCUCCUUUCCGGCGCUCCUCAGCUCUACCCUGCUGCUCCACGACAUCGCUGGUUCGUGCUGGUCUCAGGGCUUCUCCCAGGGGCCAGGGAAGGUUCUGGGUGCUCCUCCUGUUCCCAUUCCUUCACACUGAGCUCCUGCGCGUGCCAUUGAGCACAUGCGAGGUGCCCAAAUUCUCCCAACAAGGCCCUGGCUCUGCCCUAGCAAAGCUCUGUGUGCAUCAGUUACACAGCGUUUGACCCCUGGGAGCUCGUGAUGGCUUGAAGUCCACAUGGCUUCUCCUGAACUCUGGGUGUUAAGACUUUUUACUUGGUUGAUAGCAUAUAUUAAAAGGUGAGACUUCCCUUUAAAUGCACAUAUAUAUGUGAAAUACAACUCAGAAGCUCUGGAGUUCAGUGGGGCUCCCCCUCGCUUUGGGACCAGGACCCUUAGUUUGCCUCCGUCCCCACCUGCUCACUUCACUCACGGGCAUCGCCUGCCAGGCCCGAAGGAGAUUGUUCCUUGUCAAAUGAAUGAGGAGUUGUGGCGAUAAGCCUCCCGUGCCCCGCCCCCACCCCCACCCCCACCCCCACCCCGGCAUUCGUUUUGCCAUCGACUGCUUGUCCUGGGUAUUUUCUAGAGUUAAUGUCACAUUUACACAUUAUUCGUUCAACAAAUAUUUAUUGUUCUGGGAUACGGGGAUGUAGCUGCGAACAAAACCGGACAAAAUGCCUGCUCUCACGGAACUGUAGUUCUAAGAGGAGAGACCAGUCAUAAAGCCCGCCAGCCACAUGGCGUACUAAAAGGAGGGGAGCACUCGAUAGAAGCAGGGGAGGAGGAGCGCAAGGGGUGCUCUUCCAAGCACAGUGGUCAGAGAGGGGUACCGGGGAGGGUGACCUGAGCAAAGGCUUAGAGUCGAAGAGCAAGCUAUGUAGAUAUCAGAAUGGUAUUCCUAGCAGAUGAAACAGCCAGUGCAAAGGCCCUGAGGCCCGGGGAGGCGAAAAGGUUUGCCCAAAGCCACAGAGUCCACAGCGGCACAGGCCACUGGCUUGGGGCCUUGGUGCUUCCACUUCCGCAGGGAAGUGAUGGUCCCUUGGGGCACAUGGGACAAGCUGGGGUGAGAGGUUGGGCUCUCUCUCGCCACCUUUGCCUCCCCUCAAAGCCAGCAGACACACAGAUCCAAUGUCAUAUCCACACUGUGCAGUUGCCUACAAGGCCAGGGACUUCUGGGGGUUUGGUGGAGAGGCUAGCAGAGCAGACUGGGAGACCCCCUGUGGGUCCCUGAAUGUGUGGGCCACCAGACCCCAGGCCUCUUAGCUGUUUGCAUCUCAGCAGUCAAUACCUCCCAUUUUUCUGCUCCUCAUUUUGACGAUGGGGAGAGGUGGUGAUUUUGUUUUUCUUGAAUGGUGAAUAAGAUGAUCUAAAAACAAUUACUGUCCACAAGAGACUGGUAAGUACGGAGCUGAGAAUAGUUGAGCCCUCCCCACCCAGGGGGGCUCUGGAGUACCAAGGGCACAGCUGCUGCUGAAUCCCUUCUUGCUACCCCCACAGCUCCCAGUGGGGGAGGGCUGGCUGGCCAUCUGCCCCUUCACCACACCUGGACCGUGCCCCCCCCCCGACCCCCGACGGCCCAGAUCUGUGGGCCUGCUGGCCACCGCAUCCCAGAAACCACACCAUGGGGCAGUGGGGUGUGGGUGCGGAGUGGGGCUCAGCUUUAGAAGUCAGGCACCCAAGUUGAGAUCUGGCUUCUGCUGCCCAGUCGCUGGGCUGUGGGACUCCCGCGGUGACUCCUCCUGGAAAUGGUAUUGUGGCUUCCUAGCUGGGCCUGGAGCUUCCAGGAGUUAGCACACUUCACACACCCUGCCUGUGCUCCAGGGCCGGGUGGGGCGACCUCCUGGUGGGUUAGACCCUGAGGACGAGAUAUUCGAGGGACUUAGGAGGGCCUCUGGGGCUUCCGCAGCUGGGUCCUUGGAAUAGACCACGUCGGUGGGCUUUGAGGGAAGGCUUUUCAAACGUCUGGAGUGUCCAAAAGCCUCUGCUCCCUAUUCAGACCUCCUCCAAAGAGCCCUGAGAUCCCCGCCUCACCGGGGGCUCCUAGUCGCAGCUACAGAGCCUGGCUGGGGACCCGCCUGAUGUCUGGAGAGCAUGCUGAGGCAGCCUUCCAGUUUCUUGUCCUUCUUGCCUAAUAUUCAGGGCCUCCAGCCCCCAGCUCCUCCCACCCAAGGCCUGUAGAGGGGUAUGGUGGAUUGGGUUCUUCCAAGAGCACACAUGGGUGCCCACCAUGAGAAGGGGUGCAUGCCACGUGUGUUGGGGGGGGCGCCCACAUGAGGUGGUCCCGAGAGACCAUCCUUUGAGGUGGGGCUGCCUUGUUCUCUGGGAUUCUUUAUGCCCCAGGAUCGUUCCCCUGUGCCCCAGGCAGGGCUCUCCCAGCUGGCUCCAGUGCCUCCCUCCCAACGAGCCCCUGGGCCCGAGGACCCUAACCUGUCCCAGGGGCCUGCAGGGACUGGGCUGUUUGUCUUGUGUGCUCCUUGGGAGCUCGUCCCUUCCCCUGUUCAAGCCAGGCCCUUAGUAUUCAAGAUAGACCCCACAGGACAGCAGGAAACCUGGCUAGUGAUUUAUCAUUUUAAUCAAGGCUUCAUAUUUAGUAUUCAUUACCCACCGCAGAUGGGGAGGCUUGAGGUGGUCCUACAUUCUUCACUCCUCCCUGGACACCCCCCGGCCCCAUCCCCAGCCUCUUGACCCAGGUAACUUCCUCCUUCCUGGUUCCCAGGCCUUGAGUGGGUUGGGUUUUUACAUUUUUCUCCUGCAGCUACAAAUCAGGAAACCGGGUCAUAAAACAACCUUGGAUAAGUGGGUGGGAUGGAACCAGUGGCCUCAGAGCCGCUGCUGGGAAACAGAAAGCUUCCUUCUCUCUCUCCUUUCCUUCCUCUCUCUUCCUCUCCAUCUCCCCACCCUUCCUUUCUCCCACCACCCCUCGCUCUCAGGAAAACCUCCAGCCACAGCCUCCCAGCUGGGUUCCAUCAGGUCCCCUGUGGGGGCCGUGGCCGCCCUGGCCCACAUGGUGCCCGUGUCCCUGACCAGGGGGACUGCCCUGGGGAACUGGAGGGGCUGUGGGCCCAGGGACAAGCAGUUAGCAUGGUGAUAGUGGGAGGCCAGUGAGCACCGCUGCUCAUGAGUGGACCUCCCUAAGGUGGGUCUGGCUCCCUGAAUAAAAGGGGGGUCCUGCCCUGGUUUCCAGGGCCUCACAUGCUGCAGAGGGGACCGCUGCCCUUCCCUUGCAGCACCUUCUUGCUGUCACACUCCGAGAUGCCUUCCUCUAGGUGGGAGUUCUUGGUGUGGGGUCCAGGGGAGGGGACGUGCACCCUUGGUCUGGUCGCAGCUGCCGCUGCAGGCAUCCCACAAAGGGGACUUCGCUGUGGGUGGGCUCGAAGGUAGGUCUCUUGCCCUCUGAACCUCACCCUUUUCUCUAGAAGGGCAGAAUAGUCAAAGCGUGCACUGAGCAAACCUGCACAGACUAAGCACCCAGGGCCAAAGGAUGCCCCUGCGCCCUUGGACCUAUAGUGCCUUUGGCUGGGAGCCGAGAGGCCUGGGCUCAUCUCCCCCACCCCCACCCCCACCCCUCCAGUUUCAUGGCUGUGGAAAUGGAGCGGGGAGGAGCAGUGAGGCCCAUUGCUGUGCUAAAGGAAGUCCUGGGGCACUGGCUGCAAGGGCCGGGUCCUUGAACCAGCUUUGUGCUGUGUGUGGCCUCGAGAGCGUGCCUGUCCCUGACACGCUCAGUCCAGUGGCCGGGGAAACCAACUUCCAGGAGUUGUUAUAAGGGACUUCUGUCAUAAGCAUUGCGGUCUGGUGCCUAGAGGACACUCAAGACUGACCUUCCCCUCGAGAACUUCAGAGAUCAGGCCUUGACCAAGUGUCCACAAGAAGCAGGUGGGGGAGGCGAGGAUGGGGAGGCUGGGCUGGCCCAGAGGGAGCCCCCUGAGGAUGUGUUAGGAGGGUGCCCUCCCCCGACCCCCACCCCUUCUCCCUCCUGCUGAACCUACAGAGGCCCAACGCCCCAGGCUGUUCCCCCCACUGUCCCCUCUUGCCCUCCCCGGGUGGGUUCAGAGGUCACCAUCUCUCUGCCAAAGGGGCCUCUCUCUGCCCCCCCUCCUGGUGCCACCCACCCCUGCCUGCCGCCUGCCUCUCUCCCCCUGCUUGUCCUUUCCUAGUGCUCUUGAAAAGUAAUCAUAAUCAUAAUAAUUAAUAACAACAGAGCCCGUGGCAGGCCUGAGGCAGCUCUUAAAGAGCCAGAGCCCCAUUUUCUCCCGGCAGAUCCAGCGGACCUUGUUGGCUCACAGAGACCGAGACCGGCAUCGGCUUUGAUGCCGUGCCUUUGUUCCCGCAGCCCUCCCUCUCCCCCUCCCGCCGCCUGGGGUUGGAGGGUGGUGUUGGGGUGAGCAUUUUUGCCUGCGUUCUCCAUCAGGCACUGGGCUUCUCGUAUUUUAAUUGAACUGUCUUUUCUUAGAGAUAGAUGCUUUCACCGCAUCCAGCUGCUCGUGUAUUGGGAAACCCGCCUUUAAUACGGCUCGGCUAAAUUAAAAGACGCAGCAGCUGGACUGAUUAAAGGUGGGGGGGGCGGACACUGGUCCUCGUACUCUCUCUUUUUAAGUAAUGUUUCUGGUAAUGCAUUUUGGAGAAUGUGAAGAAAAAUAAAAAAUAAAAAAAUAAAAAAGCUGUAGAAAUGUUAAUGAUAUCCACAGGACACUCAGCAGGAAAUGGGAGCGAUCUGGGACUAAUAAAAGCCGAAAUGUAAUUUGUGCAGAUAUACGAGGCGCAGCCUCCAGAGUGGUCCUGGGUUUGCGCGUUUCGGGCUCAUAAACACAGGCCGGGGAGGCAGAGCGCCGUAGGAUGUCCUCGGGAGCGGGCCUUCCUCGCCACUGCCUGCCAGCCAGCGACACCCGAAUAAAAGUGACGGCUGCUGCCAGCCAGUUGCGUGCCUGCUCAUUUCCUGUGCCCGAGCAUGGGAGGGGGCCGCCCGCCCGGCAGCCUUCUCUGGAAGGUCAGGUCAGGAGGCACGGGGCCAGGCGACACCUCCCGCUCCUCUGGGUUGGCGUGUCACAGCAGGCACCCCCUGUAACGUUUGAUCCCAGCCGCCAGGGAUGGGAUUGAAGUGGGUCGGAAGCGCGGGCGCGUUUUUCCUUGUUGGGGUGCCUGUGAUAAAUCCAGGGAGAGGCGGGAGGGAAGGAGCAGGGCUGCGUUUGCCAGGGGCCUGCUGGCUUUGAUGGGCCCGGCGGGAAGGGGCUUGCCUUGUGGGACACUGGUCCCGUCUGCAGCCAGGGCCUUCUGUCCCCGAGUCAGGGCCAGCUGACUGCCGAGGUCAGGGGAGGUGGGCCUGGGCCGUGCUAACAGGGCUCCGGGGGCUCUGACAGCCCCAGACUGGCCCUGCUCGGCCGGAGGGAGCCCCUCCCCGGGCCCCAGCACUGAGAAAGGAAUCUGAGUGGGAUCCAGGGGAAGAGCUGAGGAGUGAGCUGGACCUCCUGGGGGAGCCCCCAUCCCCCACUCCUCAUCACUCUCUCUCCUCGUUCUCACAUCUGCACACAUCCGUCCGUCCGUCCGUCUGUCUCUCCUCUGUGUCUCUUUUUCAUUUCUGGUCCCUCCUAUAACUCUGGGAGCUUGUGGCCCCCGGCAGGCCACCCCUUCCUCUUUCGGUGUUGGGAAUGAACGGCUGGGAACUGGAAAGUCCCUGGUGCCCCUCUGGGGGCCUGGACCUUUCUGUCUGCCUCUCGGCUCACCCACCAGCGGCACAGUCGUGGGUUAAAUCCUGACCCCCCCCCCCCCCCCCCCGGGCCUCUGGCUGAACGCCGGACUCCUUGAUGUGAUUUCUCUUGAGCCUGGAACAUUCCUCGCUCCUGUCUCCAUCCCUCCCUCCUUUGAGGGUCUGCUGGGGUGACCUGGCCCCCUGUCAGUCAGGGGGACCGUUAGCCUGGAUGCUUUGGGCCAGCUUGUGUUUGUGACUCCGGUUGCCCUGCCCUGAAGGGCCCACUCCUUCUCCGGGGUCAUUUCCUGAUCCAAGAUCCUGCUUUGGGGCUGGUUGGACCUCACCAGGGGCGCGAGCCCCUAAAAUAGUAACCAGAUGGGUUCUUGGCCUGGUGUGCCCUGAUCCUGACCCUGCAGAGUCAGAGACGGGAGGGGCCGACCAGGAGGGCUGGGGCUGCGUCACACCCAGCUGUGGGGCGCUCCUCCGUGGCCAAGGGACUGCGGCUGUGUCCCCCAUUAGCAUGCACUUCCUCACUCUGGGCCACGUAAUCUGUUUACGCACCUAUGAUAUCAAAAACAGGAGGCAGGUGCCGCUGUCCUGCGUUACUGGGAGUCAGAGAAGGGGACGUUUUAUGCCUACAAUGGCUCCACAGCCCCUAAUCGACGUCUGCUAGAAGGAACAGACAGAUUCCAGAUGGCAUGGCAGUGAUAGAGGAGAUAACCAGCCCGAGUCAUGCAGUCUUUUCGAGAAAGGUGUGGUUUCCAUGGCAAACAACAGAACUACCAGCAGACCUCACAGGAGACAUCUCGCCUGGAGAAUUACAGACAGCCGAGCCAGGCCGGGCUGAGCUGUGACCGGCAGCGGCUGCUGGCCAAGGACUAUUAUAACCCGCAGCCGUACCCGGGCUACGAGGGCGGCGCAGGCUCGGCCGCCGCCGCGGCCACCGCGCGGGGCAGCAAGGGGCUCCCCUCCCAGCAGUCCCUGCAGGGCAGGCCGGCCUUCUCGGGCUACAGCGUGCAGGACAGCAGCCCGUACCCCGGCCGCUACUCGGGUGAGGAGAGCCUGCAGGCUUGGGGGGCCCCCCAGCCGCCGCCCCCCCAGCCGCAGCCCCUGCCAGGGGGGGUGGGCAAAUAUGAGGACAACUUGAUGAAAAAGGCCGCGGUGCCCCCCGGCAGGCAGUACCCAGAGCAGGGCGCCCAGCUGCCCUUUCGGACUCACUCCCUGCACGUCCAGCAGCAGCUGCCACAGCCCCAGCAGCCCCUGGCGUACCCCAAACUCCAAAGGCAGAAGCUGCAGAACGACAUGGCCUCACCUCUGCCCUUCCCCCAGGGCGGCCACUUCCCCCAGCACACGCAGUCCUUCCCCGCCUCCUCCACCUACUCCUCCCCGGGCCAGGGCGGCGGCGGGCAGGGCGCCCACUCCUACAAGAGCUGCACCGCACCGUCCGCCCAGCCCCACGACAGGCCGCUGACCGCCACCGCCAGCCUGGCCCCGGGGCAGCGGGUCCAGAACCUUCACGCCUACCAGUCCGGCCGCCUCAGCUACGACCAACAGAAGCAGCAGCAGCAGCAGCAGCAGCAGCAGCAGCAGGCCCUUCAGAGCCGGCACCACGCCCAGGAAACCCUCCACUACCAAAACCUCGCCAAGUACCAACACUACGGGCAGCAAGGCCCUGGCUACUGCCAGCCGGACGCGGCCGUCAGGACUCCGGAGCAGUACUAUCAGACCUUCAGCCCCAGCUCCAGCCACUCGCCCGCACGCUCCGUGGGCCGCUCCCCCUCCUACAGCUCCACCCCGUCGCCCCUGAUGCCCAACCUGGAGAACUUCCCCUACAACCAGCAGGCGCUCGGCACCGGGGCCUUCCCCGCCGGCAUCGCCGACCACAGCCACUUCAUGCCCCUGCUCAACCCCUCCCCGACCGACGCCGCCGGCUCGGUAGACAGCCAGGCUGGCAACUGCAAGCCGCUGCAGAAGGACAAGCUGCCUGAGAACUUGCUGUCGGAUCUCAGCCUGCAGAGCCUCACGGCCCUGACCUCGCAGGUGGAGAACAUCUCCAACACGGUCCAGCAGCUGCUGCUCUCCAAGGCGGCCGUGCCGCAGAAGAAGGGCGUCAAGAACCUGGUGUCCAGGACCCCGGAACAGCACAAAAGCCAGCACUGCAGCCCCGAGGGCAGCGGCUACUCGGCCGAGCCGGCAGGCACGCCGCUGUCCGAGCCGCUGAGCAGCACGCCGCAGUCCACGCACGCCGAGCCGCCCGAGGCCGACUACCUGAGCGGCUCCGAGGAUCCGCUGGAGCGCAGCUUCCUCUACUGCAGCCAGGCCCGGGGCAGCCCUGCCAGGGUCAACAGCAACUCGAAGGCCAAGCCCGAGUCCGUGUCCACCUGCUCCGUGACGUCGCCCGACGACAUGUCCACCAAGUCCGACGACUCCUUCCAGAGUCUGCACAGCAGCCUGCCGCUCGACAGCUUCUCCAAGUUCGUGGCGGGCGAGCGGGACUGCCCGCGGCUGCUGCUCAGCGCCCUGGCGCAGGAGGACCUGGCGUCCGAGAUCCUGGGGCUGCAGGAGGCCAUCGGCGAGAAGGCCGACAAGGCCUGGGCCGAGCCGCCCGGCCUGGCCAAGGACGCCGGCAAGCCCCCCUUCUCGCUGGAGAACCACAGCGCCUGCCUGGACUCCGUGGCCAAGAACGCGUGGCCGCGGCCAGGGGAGCCGGAGGCCCUGCCCGAGUCCUUGCAGCUGGACAAGGGUGGCAGCGCCAAGGACUUCAGCCCGGGGCUGUUUGAAGACCCCUCUGUGGGCUUCGCCACCCCUGACCCCAAGAAGACGGCCGGUCCCCUCUCCUUCAGCAGCAAGCCCACCCUGGGGGCCGCGGUGUCGGACCCUGCCGCCGCGGCUUUUGACUGCUUCCCGGACACGACCGCCGCCGGCUCCGCGGACGGCGCCAACCCCUUUGCCUGGCCCGAGGAAAACCUGGGGGACGCCUGUCCCCGGUGGGGCCUCCACCCCAGUGAGCUCACCAAGGGCCUGGAGCAGGGCGGGAAGGCCUCAGAUGGCGUGGGCAAGGAGAACGCCCACGAGGCUUCGGCCUGCCCGGUCUUCCAGGAGGAGGACCCCCCCGGGGAGAAGGCCACGGUGCCUCGGGACUCCGAGCAGGAGGAGGCGGGCGGGGUGAAGGAGGAGGUGGGCGGGCUGCUGCAGUGCCCGGAGGUGGGCAAGGCCGACAGGUGGCUGGAGGAGGGCCGGCACUGCUGCUCGGCGGCCGACUUCGGGGACCUCCCCCUGCUGCCACCCACCGGGAGGAAAGACGACCUGGAGGCCGAGGAGGAGUACUCCUCCCUGUGUGAGCUCCUGGGCAGCCCCGAGCAGAGGCCCGGCAUGCAGGACCCGCUGUCGCCGAAGGCCCCGCUGAUGUGCACCAAGGAGGAGGUGGAGGGGGUGCUGGACACCAAGGCCGGCUGGGGCUCCCCGUGCCACCUCUCCGGGGAGUCUGUCAUUUUGCUGGGCCCGACCGUGGGCGCGGAGUCGAAGGUCCAGAGUUGGUUCGAGUCCUCCCUGUCCCACAUGAAGCCAGGCGAAGAAGGACCCGACGGGGCGCUGGCUCCAGGGGACUCCGCCACCCUGGCCCCGGACGCCUCCCUGGCCCAGAAGCCGAACAAGCCCGCUGUGCCCGAGGCUCCCAUUGCCAAGAAAGAGCCUGUGCCGCGCGGCAAAAGUUUACGGAGCCGGCGGGUGCACCGGGGGCUGCCCGAGGCCGAGGACUCCCCGUGCAGGGCACCUGUGCUGCCCAAGGACCUCCUGCUCCCCGAAUCCUGCACGGGGCCCCCCCAGGGACAGAUGGAAGGAGCAGGGGCCCCGGGUCGGGGGGCCUCAGAAGGGCUCCCCAGGAUGUGCACACGCUCCUUCACGGCCCUGAGUGAGCCCCGCACACCUGGACCCCCGGGCCUCACCACCACCCCCGCGCCCCCAGACAAACUGGGGGGCAAGCAGCGAGCCGCCUUCAAGUCUGGCAAGCGGGUGGGCAAGCCGUCACCCAAGGCGGCAUCCAGCCCCAGUAACCCGGCCGCCCUGCCCGUGGCCUCCGACAGCAGCCCCAUGGGCUCCAAGACCAAGGAAACAGACUCGCCCGGCACCCCGGGCAAGGACCAGCGCUCCAUGAUCCUGCGGUCCCGCACGAAAACCCAGGAAGUGUUCCACUCCAAGAGACGGCGGCCCUCAGAGAGCCGGCUCCCCAACUGCCGUGCCACCAAGAAGCUCCUCGCCAACAACCACCUGCCCGCCACGUUCAAGGUCGCCGGCAGCCCCCAGAAGGAGGGCAGGGCCAGCCAGCGGGCGAGGGUCCCCAAGCCCGGGGCAGGCAGCAAGCUCUCCGAUCGGCCCCUCCACUCACUCAAAAGGAAGUCCGCCUUCAUGGCGCCUGUCCCCACCAAGAAGCGGAACCUGGUUUUGCGUAGCGGCGGUGGGGGGGACGUGAAGGAGGAGGGAGCCGAGGACUCCUCCACCCUCUUCAAGAGGAUGUCUUCCCCCAAGAAGGCCAAGCCCACCAAGGGCAACGGUGAGCCCGCCGUGAAGCCCCCGCCCCCGGAGACCCCGGAUGCCUGCCUGAAGCUCGCCUCGCGGGCGGCCUUCCAGGGGGCCAUGAAGACCAAGGUGCUGCCGCCCCGGAAAGGCCGGGGCCUGAAGUUGGAGGCCAUCGUGCAGAAGAUCACCUCGCCCAGCCUGAAAAAGUUUGCGUGCAAAACGCCAGGGGCCCCUCCUGGUAAUCCUCUGAGCCCAUCUCUCCCUGAGAAGGACCGAGGGCUCAAGAGCGCCGGGGGCAGCCCAGUUGGGGCAGGCGAAGGUCUCUUAAAUGUGGGCACCGGGCAGAAGCUCCCAGCAGCUUCGGGGGCCGACCCGUUAUGCAGAAAUCCAACCAACAGAUCCUUAAAAGGCAAACUCCUGAACAGUAAGAAACUGUCCUCGACUGACUGUUUCAAAACUGAGGCCUUCACGUCCCCGGAGGCCCUGUUGCCCGGGGGGACUGCCCUGGCGCCUAAGAAGAGAAGCCGGAAAGGCAGGGCCGGAGCCCUCGGACUCCCUAAAGGUCCCCUGGAGAAGCGGCCCCACCUAGGCCCGGCUCUGCUCCUGACUCCCCGAGACAGGGCCAAUGGCACUCAGGGGGGCGGUGAGGACAGCUCUGGUGGAGGAGGCAAGAAGCCAAAGACAGAGGAGCUGGGCCUGGCCUCCCAGUCCCCUGAGGGCCGGCCCUGCCAGCCCCAGACAAGGGCGCAGAAGCAGCCGGGCCAUGCCAACUACAGCAGCUAUUCCAAGCGAAAGCGCCUCACUCGGGGCCGGGCCAAGAACACCACCUCCUCCCCCUGUAAGGGGCGUGCCAAGCGGCGGCGGCAGCAGCAGGUGCUGCCCCUGGAUCCCGCAGAGCCUGAAAUCCGCCUCAAGUACAUUUCCUCCUGCAAGCGGCUUCGAGCAGACAGCCGCACCCCGGCCUUCUCGCCCUUUGUGCGGGUGGAGAAGAGAGACGCGUUCACCACCAUAUGCACUGUUGUCAACUCCCCGGGGGAGGAGCCCAAGCCCCACAGGAAGCCUUCCUCCUCUGCCUCCUCUUCCUCAUCCUCGUGCUCAUUCUCCUUGGAUGCGACCGGGGCCUCCCUGGCCACGCUCCCUGGAGGCUCUGUCCUGCAGCCACGCCCCUCCCUGCCCCUGUCCUCCACCAUGCAUCUGGGGCCCGUGGUUUCCAAGGCCCUGAGUACCUCUUGCCUUGUUUGCUGCCUCUGCCAAAACCCGGCCAACUUCAAGGACCUCGGGGACCUCUGUGGGCCCUACUACCCCGAACACUGCCUCCCCAAAAAGAAGCCAAAACUCAAGGAGAAGGUGCGGCCGGAGGGCACCUGUGGGGAGGCCUCGCCGCCCCUCGAGAGAACACUCAAAGACCUUGAAUGUGCAGCUGCCGCUGCCCCUGGAAAAGCCCCGAGGCCCGACGGCCCGGCCGACCCCGCCAAGCAGGGCUCCCUGCGCACCAGCGCCCGGGGCCUGUCCCGGCGGCUGCAGAGCUGUUACUGCUGCGACGGUCGGGGGGAUGGGGGCGAGGAGGUGGCCCCAGCUGACAAGAGCCGCAAGCAUGAGUGCAGUAAGGAGCCGCCGGCAGAGCCUGGCGGGGACACCCAGGAGCACUGGGUGCACGAGGCCUGCGCCGUGUGGACGGGCGGGGUCUACCUGGUAGCCGGGAAGCUCUUUGGGCUGCAGGAGGCCAUGAAGGUGGCCGUGGACAUGACCUGUUCCAGCUGCCAAGAAGCCGGGGCCACCAUCGGGUGCUGUCACAAGGGAUGCACCCACACCUACCAUUACCCGUGUGCCAGCGAUGCGGGUUGCAUAUUCAUCGAAGAGAACUUUUCUUUGAAGUGUCCCAAACAUAAGAGGCUGCCGUUGUAAUCCACCCCAACGGCGGGAGAAGCCGCCGAAGCCCGCCUGCCCGCCCGCCGCCGAAGGAGAGGAGCCGCCUGCGCAGCCCCCGGGCCUUUGAGCUGCUCCCAGCGCGGGUCCAGAGCCGAUCCUUGAUCCGGAUUCCGGAUCUUGGAUCUGGCCCCUAGGGCUGAAACUUGCGGUCCCGGGUUGGGAAGAAAACACGUUCUGGAGCCGCCUGCUUCCGGAACAAGACAACACUGGGCGUUCCCGCCCGCACCCCCCCCGGGCCAGGCUUGGAGAGAGGGAGCCCGUGGAGCGGCCAGACUCCUUGAGGCAUCCAGGUUCCGGCGGGGAUUGGAGAUCCCCUUUAGCCUGGGGACACGCUUCUCCCCUGGUAGUUCCAAGACGACGUGGCACACAUUCCACGUGGGUGCUGCCGCCACCGCAGCCGGUCGCGGCUUGCAGCUGGGCGCCCCGGGGGUGGGAGUGGGGGUCCAAAGGGCCCAGGAAGUGGCCAAGGGCGGCUCCGGGCUCCGAGGCCGGGUGGGGUGGGGAGGGAGCCGAAACCUUUCCGGAGAGGACUAGGCCGGCGGGGGAGGAGGCCGAAGGCUUUGGAAGGAACCUUUCGAAUUGCGUCCUAGAGCCCUUCCCACCCACCCAGCCUUGGCCAAAACUUUUCGUGCGGUUUGGGCAGAGCCAGGGGAGUCCGGGACCCAUGCUCAGGGGAUGCGGGCUCCCCGGGUGUGGGUGGGACUGGGGCACCCCUUUGGCUUCUGUUCGUCCCCUUUCCAGCCCUCUGCCCCACCCCUGGAGCGCGACCUGGGAACGCAAAGAAAAGGAGUGGUGACCAGAGCGCACCUCUGGCGAAUGCGUGAUCGUCCCUCUGCACGACCACCCGUCUCCAGGGACAGCAGCGCCCACUCGGCACGGGAGCAGAGACAGCGCUAGAUUCGUGUACAAACCUGUGUACCCCUCUAUAUAUAUGUUACAUAGAAUGUAUAUAUGUUGGGAACAUGCUCGCUUCUCCCGUGUGUCGCCGCCGCCCUGCGUCGUGCGUCCCUCAGCACGGGGCCCUUGCCAGGAAGGGGGCUACGGCGACGCCCCCCUUCCCCGCGCAGCCACCACCGGCCCAAGCCAGUCCCCGCCAGUCCGUCCGCCUGUCCGUCCGUGUCCUCAGCUCUGUCCACGCUUCGAUAGGCCUGAUGCAGCCCCCAGACUGGGGCCGCCCUAGCAACUUCCUGUACAUAUGACUGUAAAAUGGUAAACGUGUGUAUUAUAUCUGGCCUCGUUAUAUAGUGUAUAUAUAUGUAUACAUAUACAUAUAUAUAAUAUAUAUGAAGACUGUAAAUGUUAAGACGACUAGUGUUCUUAUUAGUAUAUUGCUUCACACUGAAGAUUGUGUGUAUCGAGCUGUUUCUAAAAGAUGUUUAUUUUCCUUAAGAGUAAAAAACAGUCAUUGCAUUCAGAAAAAAAAAAAAAGUCAAUAAAGAUACAACGAUUGUUUUGGAA